AUGUUUGAACUUAUCGAGGUUCAGGCUUAUUGUGUUUUACCAUCGUUCUUCGGUGUUCCCGUCGGAACUAUUGUUUCGUUCGGUGGCCAGGUGCUUCCAAGCAGAUGGUUGUGGUGUAAUGGAUCGGCAAUAUCGCGUACGACAUAUAGCGACUUAUACGCAGCUAUAGGUGACUCGUUUGGCGCAGGCGAUGGUUCUGAUACAUUUAACUUACCAAAUUUGGUAGACAAGUUUCCUCUUGGUCAGAGCUCCAUGCUCGGAUCGAGUUUUAGUAUAGGUGGUACAAACACGAUUACAUUGAUGACAAAUCAACUUCCAAAACAUACACAUGGAUCUGGUUCAAUAACUGUUAGUAGCGCAGGUGUACACUCUCAUACCAUUAAAGAUCCUGGUCAUAACCAUGGAGGAUGGACGGGUACGGUGCCAGGCGGUGCGUCUAGUUCGGGUACACUUGCUACAAGAGGUAUUUUCCCCAGUGACAAUAAUCACAGGCAUAGUAUCCCUAUGGGCUCAACAGGUAUAACACUAAACGAAGAUGGCCUUCAUUCGCACACGGUUUCUGGUUCGACAUCUUCAACAGGCAACGGAGACCAAAUCUCCAUUAUGCCGCCAUAUCAAACAGUCAAUUUCAUUAUAUACACUGGAUGUGGUGCUUUGAAUGAAGCUGGUUAG